AUGAGUAAUCAACAACCAGCCAUAACAUCAAUUCUUAAUCGUGCUGUUGCUGAUCAAUUUCGGAUUAAAUCUGGUGAUACAUUGCUUAAAGACCAUCUUACAAAAGCUGCUCAAAACGCUACAUACACAUUUUCAGUAAUUCAGAACCAGAUAAUUGAUGUUGUCUCUAAUCAUAUACGUAACAAGAUUAUAAGGAAGGUACAAGCAGCUAAAUGGUUCUCAAUUAUAGCUGAUGAAGUGACAGAUGUGUCUAAUGAAGAGAUAAUAAGCUUUUAUGUGAGAUAUUGGGAUAGUGAGUCUUGUAUUAUUCGUGAAGAUUUACUGGGAUUUUUUGAGUGUCACAGUGGUAUAAGAGGAAGAAAUAUAGCUGAGAAGAUCACCACAACUCUCAGAAGCUUUGGCCUUGAUCUUUUUUAUCUGAGAGGACAGGCUUAUGACGUAGCAGGGACUAUGACUGGUUCAGUUAAUGGAACAGCUGCUAUCAUAAGCCAUGAUUAUCCUCAGGCUCUUUAUCUCCAUUGCGCUUCUCACUGCCUCAACUUAGCUGCUGUGAAAUCACUUGAAGUAGCCUUUUUCUUGCACGGUAAAACCAUUGACAUCAUCAAUCCAGUGAAAGAGAAUGAUGUAUUAGUGACAACUAUCCUGAACAUCAUCAAAAG